CGCAGGUGACCUUCUAUGUGUGUGUGUGUGUGUAAAACCCCAUUCACAGUGUGGCGUCACUUCACAACAGUGUCCUUGCUGCGAGAGGGAAGUUCACCGGAAUCACACAGGACCUCUAACACCGGCGCCCAAGGACACCGAGCAGCGCGCGCACUUCACUGUCCUCUCACCUUGAGCCGCGUGACCGACCGCGCCGUGCGUUUACUUUAUACCUGCUGACACCUAACCGACUGAUCUUCAGCUCGUGCGCAAACCGGGAAUCUAAGUACUUACACAGACCUCGUGGGGAACGUUGCAGUCUGUCUGUGUGUGUGUGUGUGCGCGCGCGCGAGAGAGAGAGAGAGACUGACCGCGCGUGUGUGUGUGUGUGGCGGUGUUUCAGAGGAUCGCAGGUCUCGCAUGAUGUACACAAUUACCAGAGGCCCGAGCAAACUAGUGACACAACGUAGAACGGGUCCAACACAGCAGCAGAUCGACAGUAAAGCCACUGACUUAAAGCCUGUACGGAGCCACUGGCUCGAGUCCGACUCGCCUGCCCCUAAAAUUGUCUUUCAGCGCCUGAACACCAAGCGCUUUCUCAGAUCCUCCUCGCCAAAGGAUGAAGACGUGGCUGAUGGAUUCACACCAGCACAUGAGGAGAACGUGCGGUUCGUCUAUGAAGCAUGGCAGGAGGUAGAGCAGAAACUUGAAGGAGCUCAGCCUGAGAACGGAGAAGGUCCAGUGCAGUAUGCCGAGAGGAAUCCAAACCCCAGCAUGAAGAGUACGUCACAAAACUUUGUGCCUAUCGAUCUGGAGGAGUGGUGGGCGCAGCGCUUCUUGGCCACCAUUGCAAACCCAUCGUGACGGGUGUACAGCAGGGGAUUGUGGGAACUGGAGUGGGUUAUAGGGGAGGGUGUGAGGGUCCAGAGUGACACUCUAGGUGAGCCCAGGGGGUGUGUUCAGCAUCCAUGAGGCCAGACUGCACUACAAACACAAUAGACAAAGAGAUGAGAUUUUCAUUCUGCUGCUGUAACAUGGUCAGAGUUGUAACACAAGUAACGCUACAGUGUGCUAAAAUGUGACAUCUUUUUGAUCUUUGCAUAAAAAAGAAACAAAAAAAAAAAGUUAAUUGUAUUUCAA